GGAUCAGAGAUUUAAAGUUAAAGUGUGAAGCAUUCACAGGAGUCAUCUGUAGUCAUCUAGCAAGCAAGAUGUUGGUGGUGUUACAACUGUUAUUACUGCUCUGUGUUGGCAGCUCAGUUUCACAAGAUUUAAUGACACCAACUGUAAACAUUAUUGCUGAGCUGGAGAAGCUGAAGAAGAUGGAGGAAAAGAUUCAGACAUUACAAGAAACAUUAGACAAAGUACUGGUUAAUAAUGAAGCUUUGAAAAGUUCAGUACAAGAUUCACAAAAUAAGCUUGAAUCUUUCCAGAAAGAGAAUGAAGCUUUGAAAAGUGUAGUACAAGAUUCACAAAAUAAGCUUGAAUCUUUCCAGAAAGAGAAUGAAGCCCGAAAGAUUGCUUUUUCAGCCGGACUUCUGGCAUCUGGAUCAGGACACACCGGGCCUUUAAAUGAUCAGAAAUCUCUGGUCUACAAGAAAGUGUUUAGUAACAUCGGAAAUGCCUAUGACUCGAAUACUGGUAUUUUCACAGCACCAGUAAAAGGAGUCUAUUACUUCAGAUUUUAUGCUCAUUCACACGCUGGAAUCAAAAUGGCAGUGACUCUGUAUAAAAAUGAUGCACCUCAAUGCUCUGUGUUUUCUUGGAAACCUGUCACCAAUGGUAAUGCCAGCAAUGGAGUCAUUCUUACCCUGGAACCUGGUGAUCAAGUUAAUACCAAACUAUGGGAUGGAACUUGGGUUUUUGAUGAUCAAAUGAGCUACACCAGCUUCAGUGGUUUUCUAAUUUUCCCCCUUGUAAAUAUGGAGCUUGUAUGAAUCAUUCCUGUGUAAGUCAACUGUAUCAUGACUUUAGGUGGUGUCCUCUGAAGUUCAAUAGUUUAUCAGUUGUCUUAAAAUUGCACCCCUGCACUGAAAAAAAUGAAACUUUGGAUCAUCUUAAAAAAAUUGCUGUAUACUAUGGAUCAACUUAAAGCUCUACUGUGUACUUUAUUGAGUUAAUUCUUAACAAAAACCCUUGUUUUCUUUCAAAAGUAUGUGCUCAUUCAUGUGUAAUUACUUCCACGCCACUAAUCAAAGUAUUCUCGUAAGUGUAGAAUCUGCUAUUUAAAAUGCAUAACGUCGAAGCGCUCUCUGGCUGAAUCCAUGUUGUGCCUCCAUCUUUGAAAUACAUUCGCCGUCGAGGGACAUUCCUGAAAUUCAAGCUCCGCCUUUCGCGCUUUCACUCUACACUCAUGCUGGCCGAUAGCUGAAGCCUCCGGAGGUUGCAUGUGUAGGCCUUAUACGUCAUCAAGACAGUCUUAUUUCAGAAUAUUAACAAUUAUAAAGCUGACAAUUAUUCUUAGUUAAUUGUAAAUUGAUGUAAUAUGCGUAUGACUUGUGAAUGUAAUGCUCAGUUGAUUUAAAUAAACCAGGCUUGAUGACGUAUCCAGCCUGUGACCUGCGUAGCUGAAUCCUUUGGAUUUUACAACAGCCGCACACCGUCAUGAACCUGCGAUCUAAUGCUUUGAUUUGAAAGCCUGUUGAAGACAUAUUCUCGAGGACAUUAAAACAAAUCGCCAAGGAAGGGAAACGGGGAUUUUAAACGACAACGUGACAGGAAAAACAUCAAGACCAAAGUCACUAUUGGAGUUAGUUUUCCAAGAUGGGGCUCAAGGGACACUGAAGUUGCACUUUCUAUAUUCUCCACAGGUAAUUCAGCAUAUUCGUUUACAUCUAUACAGUCCAUGUUGUAAACUUGAAGUUUUAUAGUUCCUUGGCUAACUUUAGCAUGAUUAUGCAUAACACUUGUUAGUGUAAACAUGCAUGUGGUUUAAUGUGUGCGAACUGCCACACGCCGUCUCUCCGCCCAUUUAUGUAAUCUGAGGUACUGAGAUAAAUGUUUUUCAUCUUUUCUGACCUCUAGCACAAACACACGGUGACAGCCCUAUUUUUAGCUUUUCAUUGAUAAAAGCGUCUGAUCUGCGCGUCUUUCGUUUCAUUUUACAAGCGUGUGAAAGUUGCGCGAUCUUUUUUCACCAAUAUGAGAGAAAGCUCUUACAUAUACACGGACAUGUAACGUUUACUUAAAACAUAAGCAUUGUACUUUGACAUAAUAUUAGUUCGCGUCCAUUUAAACCCGUCAUGGUUGCUUUUUGUAUGUGAUUUUAAGCGGACAUAUCAUGACAAUCAGACUUUUUUCAUGUUAAACAUAAAUCUGUGUGCUUUGAUGGAUCACAGGCAAAGGACAUUGCAAAUUGUUCAUUUUUUUCUCAUUGCUUUUGCUUUGUAGCUACUAGAAGCCAUGUUAACCUUGGCAUGACACGGCCGGGCCACCGUACGAGUUAAAACGCGUUCCGAAUGGGGGGGGGGGCGGGCUAGAAAGUAAUAUUCAGUUGCUUGUCAUAUAGACUUUCACCGCUAGAUGGGAGUAGAUCCUACACAGUGGAGCUUUAAAGAAAUUGCUGUAAUUUGUUACAGCUAACUUUAUUCGUUUUUCCCAAACUAUAUUUUUGAUUUGGUUAAAACUUUUUUAAUUUAAUAUCAAUCAAAAUAGUUCUUCAGCCCAAGAUAAAAAAAAAUACAUUGAAACAAAGCUAAUAUAUUGCUUUUCAUGGAGACCAAAUCAUUAUUUUUACUUUGGUAAAAAAAAGCCUGUCUCUAAUUUCUUAUAGACUGGCUCUUUUUCUGGAAAAAGUAAUAAUAUAAUGAUGAAGAAAGUCAUAAUAUUAAAUGCAAUAGAUAAAUGAAUACUGCCGUGUGUAAACAUGAAUCCAUCUUACACUUUUCAAAAGAGUCAAAAGCAGCAAUCUUUCACUUUUGCAACUCUAUCAGCAUCUCUGUUAAAAACUAAAAUUACAACUUGAAGAAUGGCUGUAAAUCUGGUUAAUAAAGUAAGUCACCACUGUG